AGUAAAUGAAAUAUUUAAAUUAGUUUGUAAAAAAUAACAAAGUAAAUGUUACCAUUUCUGAAAUUAUUGGUUGAAACACAUGCAGAUAUCAUGCUUGUUUAGAAUAUGGAUAAUUAACAUGGAUAGAAUAUGCAAUUGAUAAAUAAAUUGAUAAAUAGAAGUGAGAUUUUUAUUGUAGAAAUCAGGAAAAUGUUAUUAGAAUUCGACAAACAGAAAAAAUUAAAUUUUGAUAUAUAAAAAAAAAUAAUCGAAUCAAAUUUUUAGGAAUUUGAAUUAGAACAAGAGAUUUCAAUGAUUUAAAUAUGGAGAAAAUAAACAUGGUUUAUAGAUGUUUAAAAUGCAUUAGAUGAUAUAUACAAUGAUAAAAAUAUCAGUAAAAUAGAUAAAUUAAUUGAUGAUGCAGAGACAUUUUGA